GUGAGCAGCGUUUUCUCUCUCUUAGGGUUAGGGUUUUGAAUUUUCCUUUUUUUUUUUUGGGUUUUUAUAAAUUAAUUUUUUCUUUGGAGUUUUGGAGGCGUCAGAUCGAAGCAGAUGAGUAGAGUGACCGGGACUGUGAAGUGGUUCAAUGACCAGAAGGGGUUUGGGUUCAUCACCCCCGAUGACGGCGGCGAUGAUCUGUUUGUGCACCAGUCCUCGAUCAGAUCCGAAGGCUUUCGGAGCUUAGGAGAAGGCGAGGCGGUUGAGUUCGUGGUGGAGUCCAGCGACGACGGGAGGACCAAGGCGGUAGAUGUUACUGGACCGGAUGGCAACCCUGUUCAGGGAAGCCGCGGAGGAGGUGGCGGAAGAGGUGGACGAGGCGGUGGAGGCGGUGGAGGCGGUGGAGGUUAUGGUGGUGGUGGUGGUGGUGGAUACGGCGGCGGGGGCGGUGGGUAUGGUUAUAACGGCGGUGGAGGACGCGGUAGCGGUAGAGGAGGCCGCGGUGGCGGUGGAAGGAGUAGUGGCGGCUACGGCGGCGGCGGAUAUGGAGGCGGAGGCGGAUAUGGAGGUGGAGGCGGAGGCGGAGGCGGAGCUUGUUACAACUGCGGAGAGGAGGGCCAUCUCGCAAGGGACUGCAGUCAGAGUAGCGGCGGCGGAGGAGGCGGUGGCCGAUACAGUAGCGGAGGCGGAGGCGGUGCAGGCGGCGGUGGCGGUGGCUGCUACAGGUGCGGAGAAGCAGGCCAUUUCGCUCGCGAGUGCCCUAACAAUGCCCGUUAAAGUGCGAGCAAAAAGGCGAUGAUUGGUGGGGGGUAAACGUGUAUUUUCACAUGUUUUUUUUCCUUCCUCUCAUCAUACCUGUCGUUCUUCUUUUUCAGUUACUGUCAUGGUUUGUUUCUUAGUGGGUCAUCUUCGUAUAGCCCACCUUUCUCAUUUCAAGUUAUGUUUUGCAACUGUUUGGGCCUAUCUUUCAUAGGGUUUUUCUUGGAUCGGAUAUGGUGAUUUGCUCUCUCUUUUCCCCUCUCUCCCCCCUCUUUUUCUUGAAUUGACAAUGGGGUUGGUUGUUUCUACUAUGUUGAGUUACGGAGUAGCAAGAGAAUGGUGUUUUUGUUCACAAAUGAUAAGCUCUGUCUGUUCCUAUACAUAUAUAUACAUUGUGGUUUUCAAUUGCAAUGAAUUAGGGUUUCCCUUUUA